AUGAAGUCCAGUCCUGGCAUCCAAGCCGCCAUCGACCUCACAGCGGGGGCCGCAGGGGGCACAGCUUGUGUACUGACAGGGCAGCCCUUCGACACAAUAAAAGUGAAGAUGCAGACGUUCCCCGACCUGUACAAGGGCCUCACCGACUGCUUCCUGAAGACGUACAACCAAGUGGGUUUCCGGGGCUUCUACAAGGGAACCGGCCCAGCGUUGAUCGCCUACGUCGCCGAGAACUCUGUCCUCUUCAUGUGCUACGGAUUUUGCCAACAGUUUGUCAGGAAGGUAGUUGGACUGGACAAGCAGGCACACCUGAGUGAUCUGCACACUGCAGCCGCCGGGUCCUUAGCCUCUGCGUUUGCUGCGCUGGCGCUCUGCCCCACUGAGCUUGUGAAGUGCCGGCUACAGACCAUGUAUGAGAUGGAGUUGUCAGGGAAAAUACCAAGGAGUCACAAUACAAUUUGGUCUGUUGUGAAGAAUAUCCUUAAAAAGGAUGGUCCUUUAGGCUUCUACCAUGGACUCUCGAGCACUCUACUGCAAGAAGUACCGGGCUAUUUCUUCUUCUUCGGUGGUUAUGAACUGAGCCGAUCGUUUUUUGCAUCAGGGAGAUCAAAAGAUGAACUAGGCCCUGUUCAUUUGAUGUUAAGUGGUGGAGUUGCUGGAAUUUGUCUCUGGCUUGUCGUGUUCCCAGUGGAUUGUAUUAAAUCCAGAAUUCAGGUUCUUUCCAUGCUUGGAAAACAGGCAGGAUUUAUGGGAACCCUUUUAAGUAUUGUAAGAAAUGAAGGAAUAGCAGCCUUAUACUCUGGACUGAAAGCUACUAUGAUUCGAGCAUUUCCUGCCAAUGGGGCACUAUUUUUGGCCUAUGAAUACAGCAGGAAGAUGAUGAUGAGCCAGUUGGAAGCAUAUUGA